AUGACCAGCCAGCUCGACGCUGCGACGCCGUUCACUGUUGUCACUUUGAACAUCAACAACCUCAGCGGCAAUGAGAACAAGACCAAUGGUUUGAAGAACCUGUUCGACCGCUGCAAGCCGCAUGUCCUCAUCCUUUCGGAAACAUGGGAGACUCCUGAUGGCCUUCCGGACGUACACGACCCCGCUACCUACACGAGGUUUUCCGUACCGGCAAGUCGGGCCAAUCGCGCCACAGGGGUAGCUGUCUACGUAGACAGUCGCAUCAAGGCUACGCUCGUCAAUCUGGACAGUACCGCCGAGACCAUGGGACGAAUCUGCGCCGUUGAUCUUGUGCUUCCCGACGAGACGAAGCGUCGCAAGGUCGUACGCGUGAUCGGGGUGUACGCAUCGCCCGACAUGGACGACUAUGUCAGCAGCUCUGCCAUGACUCCAUUUUGGUCGGCAGUGCAUUCUCUCACCUCCGACCGUCACGACUGGAUCGUCGGUGGCGACUUCAACGCCCACCUGCACCCCCAGGAGUCGUUCACCCUGAGACAGUCUAGGUACGAGCUCCACCGCGAGAAGCAGCAGGUCGCGUACCGAGCCUUCCUCAACGCUUCCAACGGCGUCGACACCUGGGAGGCACAGGAGGAUGUCACCUGGGAGCGCUGUUGGUCUAUGAAGGCCGACGACGACCCGAGUACGCGUCGGAUCUUGGACCGCUUCGUUGUGUCGCGCAGCGCUUCCAUAAUUAAGACCGAUACGCUCUCAGGAGAUGGUGUCACUGCCACUCUGACCCCAACGUCCCCUCCGACUGUCCUCGAGAUUCGCCAGGCCGUUCGCCAGAUGCCGUUCAUGCCGAUUCCCAAGACGAACCACCGGCCGGUACGAGUAACGCUUCGUCUCGGAUGCCUCGUACCGAAAACGCGUCGAGGCUGGACGAGCUCGGCGCCCCGUCGUCUCCGCCAACCUGAAGGCGAGGCCGCCAAAGAAGCGUAUGGCAAGCUGAACGAGAGUCUCAAGAAGACCUUGACCGAGUCGCCGCCGCCGUGCCUCACCCCGCGGUCCAACGCUGAGUGCGACGCACUCUACGAGUGGUGUAGCAAGGCCUUUGUUGCGGCUUCAGAACACUCAUUCAGUCGGCCCCGUUCCGGCAGUCGAGUCAACAAAGGGUUCCAGGCUCCGACAAGCCCUGCGCUUGAGCUGCUUCUGAAGGAGAAGAAGCAAAUUGGGCGGGCAAUGCGCGCGGCCAAGGAAGACCGCCUAGCUGCUCUCUUCGCAGGGGACCGCAAGAUCCGCGAGGUUCUGAACGGCCUUUUCAGUUCCAGCUCGUUUGGUCGGGACUUCGACAAAGCUGAUGCCAUUGAGAAGAUCAGCUCUAAAUGCAAGCAGAACAAUGCCGCUCGCCGCAAGGAAGAACGUCGUCUGGACUCGGUCGUGUCGUGCGCCUCGGAGCAGACUGCCUGGGACAAGGUCAUGGCCGGCGGUAAACUCAAGCACCUCUUCGUCCCCCCAACCGUCACCAACCCGCCAUGGCUGCUGCGCCGCGACGAGACGGGCGGGUCGACCACUCUUGAGCAUGAGCCUGAGGCCAAGCUGCGCGUCUGGACGAGCCACUUCCGGGACCUGCUCCAGCACCCCGCACCUCCGGCCGUCCAGAAACCGUGGAUGGCGACGAGCCAGCCUCUUCAUCCCGGCUCGGAGGACAAGGGAGGCGAGCAGUUUGACUGGCCCAGGGCCAUGACCGUGGACGAUGUACGACGGACCCUUCUUCACGGCAACCCUCGCCCUUCUCCCGGCCCUGAUGGCUGGGAGAAGUGGGCCCUCGUCCACGCCGACAACGAGUUCCUGAUGGUUGUCACCAACCUGGCCAACUACGUCAUCCUGAGCUCGUACUUCCCCGACCCAAUGAAGUCGGCGUACAUCACGCCCGUGUACAAGAGGGGCGACACCACGGACCCGGCCAAUUACCGUGGCGUCUGCCACUCCAACCUCAUGUACAAUCUAGUCUCCACGUGGUUCAACAGCAACUUCCGCGACUACCUGUGGCAGAAGGGCCUGGUGUCACCCACGCAGGUAGCAGGGCAAGCUGGGGUCCAACCAGGGGAUAUGAUCUCUCUCCUGCAGCAGGUCGACAGCUGCGCAUCGGUGAAUGAAGAGACUGUGUUCGUCUUGAAGCGCGAUCAUCGACAGGGAUUCGAUCGAGUCGAUGCGUCUGGUUUCGAAGACGCUCUCCGCUACUUCGGUUUCAACGAGAACGUUGUCGACUUUGAGCGGGCGCGAAUCGGGCGCUGCAGCAUGAUGGUCAAGUGCCAGGACGGCGUGGCUUCGGACGUUUUCGUGACCUCGGGUCAAACGAAGCAAGGUGACGCGGUUUCCUCAACCCGGUACACCCUCUGGCACUCGCUGUUGUACUGGUGGCUCCUGCGAACUCCGUCGCUCACAAAGCACUUCCCAGAGGUGCGAACGCGGAACGCGAGGACGGGCGACAUCCACCUGGACAUCGACAGCCAGCCGGGACAGGUACUCCGGUGCCUGGAGGCAACAGAUGACAACUUGUUGAUGGCAACAUCUUGGAAAGCGUUGAGGGUCAUCACUCGCAUGGCCGAAACAUUCCAAGAGGCAUAUCUGGCGGAGACGAACUGGGACAAGUCCGAGGUGUUCACCUUGGGAAGACGCCUGAACGAACCUCCGAGUGUCGUCAGCGUACCUUCCUCAACUGGUGACAAGCGCGACGUCCGGUUUGCCAAGGAACCAACCUUCCUCAACACGUCCAUCAUCAAUCCGGCAGACACCUUGGCUAAGGUCAUCGCCGCCAUUGACGAGUUCCCGAUACCUCGAAGCCGCCGCAUCCCUCUUGCCGUCAUUCGCAAGGCUGUCACGAGCCUCCUGCUGCCCAAGAUUCGCGGCAUCCUCAGCCUCCACCCGAUGCCCCUCUACAUGGCUGACGAGGUUGAUCAAGUUCUGGCCCGCAAAAUCCACGACGCUCUCGGAGUUCCCUACCGCAACACCACUGCGCUGUUCCUCCCGGUCACACAGCUAGGCUUUGAUCUGCCAUCGAUCUACCGCCUGAAUGCUGAGAUCGUCAUCGACAGGGUGAUGCGCUCGCUGAACCAUCCAUUGGAGCCGUUCUCCAAGGUGGCGUGGACCACUUGGCACAACAUCAAUUGCCAAGCCCACAAUUGCGCCAACGCAUUCUUCCUGCCGCCGCAGGAGCAGCCGCUGUUGCAGCAGCGUACAGCGCCGGCCCGGCGCCUCGACUCUGUCGCGAUCGCGAAGGCCCAGGAGAAGUGGGAAAGAGCGCCGCGUCUCGUUCCCCAAUCAUGGAGCGCCGCUCGCAACGCAUGCGCUCUCGGGGCAUUUCACAUUGUGCCGACCACCGACCAAGGGCUGGCCCAGGCUCGACCGAUCCAUGUCGUCAAUGCGGCAGAGUAUUCAACUGAGCAACCGCCCCCUGCACCGUUCAUAAGGGACAACAUGUUCCCCCGAACUGGUGAUUGGAAUGACCUCCCAUUCACCGAAUGGGCUCCAAAGGUCAUUGCCGCCAUUGCCUCCGACUGGCGCAGGUUCGGUGGACGUUGGGGAGAAGAGCUGACCAACGUGGUCGGCAUCGACAGGUUCCGCGUUUGGAUGGAGAAGUUCAGCAUCGACCAGCUUGUCGGCCCAGAUCCGAGCUGUAUGGAUCCUCGCUCUCUCCGACGGGAGACGUACACAAGCCUCGUCUCUCGCGCAUUCGAUGAUAUCCUUCCGGUCGACGACAUCGAGACCGCUGAUGGAACCUAUGCUACGGACGGGAGCUGCCACCAGUCCGAGAUCGUUCCGGAGUCAACGACCGCUGCCGUUGUAGGGAGCGGCGUGGCCGUCGUGAAGCUCUCCAAGCAGCAGAAGACCUCCUCUUACGACGGAGAACUGCUUGCCGUCGCUCUCGCUCUCCAGCAUGCCCGUGAACAGACGCCCGCUCUGAAGACUGUCCACAUCAUCUCAGACAGUCUCAACACUAUCAGCGCGGUGAAUUCACGCAUGGAACGCGGACCCACACCUCCAGGUCACACUUGGAAGUCGAGACCAGCGGCAGAAGCCUACAGAUGGCUGAUGUCCGAAGUCGAUCUCGCGCGCCAGCGCGGAGUGACAAUCGUGAUGACGCAUGUUCGAGCGCACACCAACUCGAACACGACCGCCCACCGACUGAACGCAUCAGCUGAUCAACUGGCGACGCAUGGCCACAGCGCAGCAGUCGGCAAAAAGCUUCCUCCUCUGACUGCUUGGAUGCCUCGCGUAGUUGCAUGGUCGGGGGAGAGUGGUUACAUUCCCGGCACGUGGAAGAAGGUGCUCCGUGGCAAUCUCAGGAAGCAUCAAUGGCUCUGGCUGCCCGAGAAGGAGCAGCAGGUGUUCCUCGCCGAGAACGAUCCUUCCUCGCCUAUCUCCUCCUACUGGUACACGCGCGACACCAAGGGGGUAGUGGCGCGCACGCAACUGCUCACACGCCUGCGCGAGUUCCCCACGGGUCAUCAUCAACACACUCGCAAACUUGGCAGUGCGAACUGUCCGUUUUGCCCCGAGCCAGAGCAAACCGACUCCCACUUGUUUGCGCAGUGUCCCCAUUUUGCCACAGCUCGCACGAAGGCGAUCGAGGGAGCAGUGGCGAAGGAGACCAAGCUGAAGCGGAAGAAGAUGCGCAAGGGCCCUCAGUCCGAACACGGUUCUGGCGUUGCCUCGCAGCAGGACGCCACUCUCCCGAGCUCCGGUACACGGCAACAGUCGCAGUCGCAGGUUGGCGACCCCCAGAUCCAGAGCAGCGGCGGAGCUGUUGAUCCCCAGGACUCGCAGACCACCCCCGAGAGCGCGACAGAGAAGGAGCGCCAGACUCACGAGCCCGACACUGAGACUGAGUCGCCGGACGACGAGAACAUGGCCGAGUUCCGCCGCUACCUCACCGACAUGUUCGCCGCAGACAGCGGCGUGGCGUGGUGGCAGGGGCGAACUCUCAGCCCGACCGGGUAUGCCGUCGCGCCGUCGCAAGUAUCAACCGCGCACGACUGCGCCGCCAUCCUGACUGCCGAUAUAGGACGCGUUGCUUUCCAGGAGUUAGCUGAGCGGAAGAAGAAGAACAAGGAGACGACGGUCGCGAAGCAGGUGGAGGAGACCAGCGAUCAAGAGGAAGAAGGGUAG